AUGCACUGUUGGGAAAGGUUUGGAGAGCACGACCCACCUUUUCGCGUGUUCUCAUCGCAUCGUCGUUGUCAUCAUCAUCAUCAUCAACUUCGUACAGCAUCGACUCGCUUUGCCUUGAAGCACUUUGCGAGACUCGCUCAGUAUCAGACGCAAGUAUCGCUGUACUCGUGCCCCACGUGCGACCGCGGCUGCUCUUCGCCUUCAAAGCACUUAACAUCACAUCCAGCGUCUCCAACACAGCACCACGUUAAAAUGCAGUAUCCAUACUCAAUACAGCCUUCAUCAUCGUCCUCAACAACGCCACCGUACCCUCCGCUCUCCUCUUCCUCCUCAUCUACGCCGCAACUACCACAAUCCACCAUCGAAGCAACUGCAGUCAAUGGUGUGGUUCCUAGCACGUCUUCUUCCGACAGCAAUGUGCUCUUCUGCGUAGUCUGUGCGUCGAACCAGAACCGAUCCAUGGCGGCGCACUCGUUGCUCGCACAAUCUGGAUUCAACGUCACCUCCGCCGGCACCGGAUCCGCAGUCCGUCUUCCGGGACCCAAGAUCAACCUUCCCAAUAUCUAUCCCUUCGGAACUGCCUACACGGACAUCAUCUCAGACCUCAACUCGAAGGAUCCUCGGCUGUACUGGGCGAAUGGACUGAUGACCAUGUUGAAUCGAAACAAAGACGUCAAACGAGCACCCGAGAGGUGGCAGGAGACCAAGUACGCGGCGGACGUGGUGAUCACGUGCGAAGAGAGAUGCUUCGACGCCGUAUGCGAGGAUCUGUUCAACAGAGGCGCAGAGUUGAACAGACCAGUUCACGUCAUCAAUGUAGAGAUCAAGGAUAACCACGAGGAAGCAGUAGCAGCGGGUAAGGCGAUAUUGGACCUGGCCGAGGCGAUAAGAGCCGCGAAAGAUGUCGACGAAGAGAUGGACGGGAUCUUGGAAAGACACCAGGCGAAACAUCCUCAUGCUAUUCUGCACACGGUUGCGUAUUAUUAA